CGCACAGAAAGGUGCACGCGCGCAUUCAACACGGUUGUGGCCUCAACACAGAGCGAGAGAAUUACCGGGUUCUUGAGUGUUUAUUUCGACAAUCCGAAACGGAUUUUCCAUAAGCCAGUAAGGCACCCAAUUGUCAAAACCAUAAAGCCGUCGGAAUAUCGUCUGUUGGACCGGAUCGCAGAGUCGAAGUCGCAGUCGGAGUCGAGGUCGGUGUUGUCGGGUCGCGAACUUUCGAUAAAUCGCCACUGUGAGAUGGUAAAUGCCUAAUGAGUGAUGAUGUUGUGCGUCAUUUGGCCAAUUUGAUUUGCUAAUUCCUUACCGAAGCUCUGAGUUUUCUCGCAAAGAAACCCCAUAAAUCUUGAUCUAAUCAAUGUGCUUAAUAUGCAAUGAUUCUUUCCAUGAAUACAUACUCGUGUGUAAAGUGUAUUGAGAAUAAUAGGAAAUAAUAAUUUAAUCAAAUACGUACGAGUAUUGUGCAAUAGAAACCCCUUUUCGGAUCUAAUCUGCUUAGCAAAUAGUUAAUAUAUGUUUUCAAAUAUUAAGUAAAUAUAAAUACAAGUUAUUCAAGUGUCAAACAUUGUGGAUAAUCAAAAGUAAAUUAUGAAAUAAUUACUUAUGCCAAAAGCCAGCCGUCGGAGCCAGCUCUAUAACCAAAUGGAUAUCGCAAAUUGAAUCUUUCGAGUAAAGAGAAUUGAGAUUAAAUAUUUGCGAACGUGCGACGACGCCACGAUAUGUAUGCGGAUAAUAAACGUGGCCUAGACAAGGUGACGGCUGCCACCGCGCCUACCAUUGCCCUCCAACAGCAGCAGCAACAACAACAACAGCAGCAGCAUAUGCACCAUCAUGUGUUGCAGUUGCAACAGCAGCAACAACAACAGCAGCAGCAGCAACAGCUCCAACAGCAUCAGCAUUUGCAGCAUCAAAUGCAUACGCAUCAUAAUUUCCAGCCACACGAAACAACAGCAACAUUGUCACAGCAGCAGCAACAACAACAGCAACAUAUGCAACAGCAACAGCAGCAACACCAACAGACAGCACAACAGCAGCAGCAACAGCAACAGACAGCCGGCAUGUUUACAAGGUUCGAUGCCAACAAAUCGACCAAGGGCGCCUCCAAGAUGCGACGAGAUCUUAUAAAUGUCGAGAUAGCCAAUCUGAGGGAUCUGCUGCCAUUGCCGCAAUCGACGCGCCAGCGACUCUCGCAGCUGCAGCUGAUGGCGCUGGUCUGUGUGUAUGUGCGGAAAGCCAACUAUUUUCAACAAGUAUUUAAGCGUCACAAUGCCAUGCAUCACCACCAUCAUCAGACAGCAACACCAAAUAUUGGCUUCUCGAAGGCACUUUCCGGCUUCCUGAUGAUGCUCACACAAAAUGGCAAAUUGCUCUAUAUAUCGGAUAAUGCGGCCGAGUACUUGGGCCAUUCCAUGGAGGAUCUGCUGAUACAUGGUGACUCCGUUUACGAUAUCAUUGACAAACAGGAUCACGCAACCAUCCAGGCCGAGCUGAAUCGGAACGUGCCACCGCAGCCAGGUGGAGGCCAGGCGAACAGCAGCGGUGCUGGCGGCGGCGUCGGCGGCAUCAGCGGCGACUCAACGUCCAGCAAUGGCAGCGUUGGUGGUGUCGGUGGUGGCGGUGGCGCCUCCAGUCUGGAGGGCGAGCAUCGCAUGUUCCUCUGUCGCAUGAAUGUUAGUCGCAAUGCGCGACGGCAAAUGCGUUUCGGCGAUCAAAAGGUUGUUCUUGUACAGGGUCACUAUUUGUCAUUUCUGCCGCUCUGCAGUCGGAACGAGCCCGUCUUCUUGGCCACCUGCACGCCCAUCGCCAUGCCCGAGACGCGGGAGUGUGUGGUACAAGGUGCCACCAAUGUGUUUACCACGAUCCACUCGAUGGAUAUGAAAAUCGCACACAUCGAUAAGAAUGGAGAGUUCCAUUUGGGCUAUGAAAAGAGCACAUUGCAGGCAACAUCUUGGUACAAUUUGAUUCACAGCGAAAACCUUCGGGAGGCGCAAAGCAAACACAGGCUAAUAACCCAAUCGGAACAGGAUCGCAGCUGUAUCCUGCUAGUGCGAAUGCAGCGCUCCAGUGGAGAAUACACGUGGGUCCAUGUGGUGCUACAGGUGCGGGAUAGUCCAGACUCCACCCAGCAGCCUGUGAUCGUGUGCACCAAUCAAGUUCUCAAUGAUCGCGAGGCUUCUGUAAUGCUGGCCAACUCCUGGCUGUACCACUAUUACACCGUACAGUCAAAGAUCCAAUUUGGUAUGCCGCUGGACAGUGGUAUGCGAGUGCCACCCGGUAGCUCCUCCAGCGGUUAUUACAGCCCCCAUUCGACGCACUCGCAGCAGACGCAAGGUGGUAGCACUCCCGGCCUGAGCAUGACGAAUGCCGCUUCUGGGAUGACGACUGUGUUUGGCAGUCAUCAUCAUCCGCAUCACCCGCACCACCAUCAUCAUCACCACCACCCAGCCGCGGCCUAUCAUCAUCAUCCGCAUAUGGGGAGUUAUGGCGGCGUCUAUCACGCGGAGGCGGCCAUCGAGCUGAAGGAGGAUCAGCCACUGUUCAGCUUCCAGGAGCCCGUCGACUAUAGUCAGGUGAACGGUGGCGCAGGGAGCGGUGUCAGCCCGGUCACACCUAUCGCCACCACAACCCCCAACCCCUCUAGUAGCGCCAGCCAGAAGUCCACUCAAUCAGCCACGCCUCCGCCUCCAAAAAAGCGUGCCCGGAACAAACUGGAGCCGCUGUAUCUGCAUGCAGAACGCUCCCCGGCGGCAGCGAUUACGCCGGAGCCGGACUGUUACGCCCUGCACCCACAUCCGGCGACGGCCUAUGCCACAUCCGCGGUGGCCAGCAACGAUGCCUCGGUCAUCUAUGCCACCAUUGUGCCGACGAGACCGCGGCUGCCGAACAAAUCGCUGCCCCCCGAUCCGGCGGACUUCAUCGAGCAGUGGAAUCCCAGUCCGCCGUGGUCAGAGUCGGCCCAGAAGGCCUCACUGGACAGCUUUGGGUCCUCCCACGAGCUGAGUCCCUGCAUAACGACCACACCGCCCACGCCCACCAGUGCGACGCCCCACCAGAGUGGCCUCGGCACGCAGACCAUCGGACCGGCCUUUAGCUUUGAGUGGAUGUCCGAUCCCCUGGUGCCACUGACCUAUCAGCAGUGGCCACCCACAGGAGACCAUCACCAGCAGCUGUCACAGCACCUGGCCGCGACACAGCAGCAGCAGAAUCAGCCACAUCAUCAUCAUCAUCCGCACCAGCAUCAUCAUCAGCAGCACCAGCAUCUCAUACUCCAGCAGCAGCAGCACCAGCAGCAGUCCCAACAGUUAACACUUCAUCAUGUCCACGUGGCGGGGGGGACGACAACGACAGCGACAACGCGUGCGGAGCAUUCCAUCGAUGGGGUAGCGCCGGUUCCGUCACUACCGAUACCCAUACCCAUACCGAUACCCAUAGCGAUACCGCUGACGGUGACCACGGGCCAUGCAGAUGCCGGAGAACCGGUUGAGGAUAGAGAUCCCAAAAAUUAGUGACCGGCAGAAAGCUCGGAAAUACCCAGAGAUCGGAUCAGAUCGGAUCGGCUUGCAACGGCGGCCAGGUGAUAAUCACACUUAAAUUAAUUGCCACUUGUCAUCUUAGCGUUUAAAUUAUUUUUAUCUAACGAAACACACCCAAAUGGAAAACAAUAAAUUCUCGCUAUAACACAUUCGUUUCUCCACGAGUGUAUAUCAACUAAUUUAAGUAAUUUCCAUAGAAACCAUUGUUUUCCCUCUCUUCCGUCUCCCUUUUCGUAUGUGCAAUCUCGGAAGAUACUUAAAAAUAUAUGCAAUAUACAUACAUAUAUAUGAAAAUAACACUUGGAAAUUAGUUUUGCGAUAGGAAACAACAGCAGCAAAGCAAAGGCAAACAGCACUAAAAUUAAUAUAACAAAACAAAAAGCAACCAAGCCAAGAGAGCUCUAUUAGUUGUAGCCACAGUUUUUUAUUAGCGUUAUUUUUUAUGGCAUGCGCUUGAACAUUUUUACGACUAUUUCUGUAUCUUGUAUCUGUAUCUUGACAUAUACCCGUAAAUGUGUGCAUUAACUUCGUGCGUAAUUCGUAGACGAUUUAGGUUAAUUACUUUAUUUAUUAAACGUUUUAUUUAUAGACAUAUUUAUUACUAUUAUGCUUUGCUUUAUUUAAUAAACAAACAUUUAAAGUAUGUAUUUUCG